AUGGCGAUACGGCCAAGGACCUGGUUGCACUCCAGCGCUGAUAGGUUCCCUGGUUACGGGGAUGACUGGUAUCUACUGGAGAUGCACGUCUGGUUAGUACAGUAUGGUUGUCGACUAGCUUUACAAAUUCCUGUCGCAGAUGUUGAUGGUGAUAUAUUAAGAUGCCGUUGGUCCACGGGGUCAGAGUGUGUCUCUGUCUGUUCUGCUCUCCCAUAUGCCAGCCUAGAUAGUGAGACAUGUACGAUAACCUUUCCAUCAAAUCACACCAUGAAUGGCAUAUACGCUGUAGCUGUAACUGUAGAAGACUUUCCCCGCUCAAAUAUUCUUAUUGGUGGAACGACAUAUACUCCUUCUGACCCAAUGACAUCAGUUCAUCUCCAGUUUCUUGUCAGGACUCCCAGUCUGUCUGGUGGUUGCGAUGAAAGACCCAUUUUCGUCAAUAACACUCCCCCAGAGGGCGCCAUUUUCAGCAUUAUGGCGGAUCAAACAUUACACAUCUCCUUUUACGUCGCUAGCAAUCAAACAAUAACAAGAGUUGAUGUUACGUCACCAGCUGGUAUGACGUAUACUUCUCCCUUGCCAUACCCAGGACGACCUGGAGUUGUCUUUAUCAACACAACAUGGACACCAACAACACUACAGAUCGGUUCACAUAUUCUAUGUGCCCUGGCAGAAGAUAAUAAUGGAAAAGCAAGUGACUCUCGGUGUGUUGAAAUAAGAGUUACAGAUAUAAGCCCCUGUGUAUCUGAACCUUGUCUGAAUAAUGGGACAUGUAUUCGCCUUGGAAUGACUCAAAACUUCACGUGUAGCUGUAUUCCUGGGUACACCGACAGGAUAUGUCAGACAGAAAUCGACGAAUGUGCCAGUCAACCAUGUCUGAAUAAUGGGACAUGUACAGAUUUUCUUAAUUCUUUUUCCUGUACCUGUCAUCCUGGAUUUACAGGUGCUAACUGCGAAACAGAUAUAAAUGAAUGUGCGAGUUUUCCAUGUCUUAACGGAGGUUCUUGUCGGGAUCAGAUAAACCUCUACCAAUGCGCAUGUGCUGCUGGCUAUGGAGGCUACAACUGUGAAAUUGACAUUGACGAAUGUGCAAUAAAUCCAUGUACUUUCCUCUUUGAUUGCUUUGAUGGGCUAAAUGAUCGAGUUUGUAAGCUUAACGAAUUCAAAUUGGCUGCAUUAGUAACAGCACUAGCACUUACUGUUGGAAUCACUAUAUUCAUCAUCUGCAAAAACAAGAAAAAAUACAGGAAAGUCGACCAUUCCUGGCUAUCUAACUACUUAGAUGUUCGGAAACCUGACUCUCAACCAAAACUUGUGUACCAGCCCAGGUCGGUCCAAAAUUUGAACCAAACUAAUACAAUUUGCACCUUGUUUAGUUUAGGAUCCAAAAACUUUUUAAAAUGAGAUAUAAGGAUAUGGAAGUGGGUUUCAGAAACUGUGACAUCAUAAGAUGAGAAUUUUUUAUUAUAGUUUUGUUUGUAACAUAAAAAAAAUACUCUUGCUUCUUUUACUUGUAUAUGUAUAAAUGCUUUGCUUGAUAAUGUAUUAAAUCUUGAAAAAAAUUAAA